AUGCUGUUAUAUCUGUUAUCACUCACUGUCACAUUUUGUGCUUUGACUAAUGCUCAAAGUGGCAUCAGUUAUAAUCAAGGUAGAGCCAGUUACAUGGAUGCCGGUCAAUUACAUAUGAUAAGUGGAUCAGUCACCAAUCAAUCUAAACAAGAUGUGCUCUAUUCACAUCUACUUAUUCAGUUAGCCGCUAAUGCGAAAGCACCUCGAUCAGCAAUUUCGUCAUGGUAUCAAGUAUACGAACGAACUUUAUCAACUCUUGCUUGGAUUGUGUCGUCCUCUGCAAAAUUCACACCAUUUACUCCGAGCACUGACCGCGUUUCUCUCAAAUCUGUUAUCACAACAUCGUUAGCCAACCGAAUCAAUCCUGAAUUACAGAAUAUCUUAAGUCGUAGUUUCGAAAGAUUCCAACAAAUGAAAGCGGAUGAUCCUGUAAUUGUAGAAUUCACCAAAGAUUCAAGUGAUGGCAAUACUUAUAACAUUCAGGUGCAGAUAGUCGAUGAAAAAGCCGGUGAUUUGUCUGUUCUCCAAUUGUAUGUAACACUGACAACUUCAGAAAGUAUUGGCAACGAUAUCUUCUUGCUACAUGAAUUUGCUAAAAACGCAGCGAACAUUCAGAUCGCAUAUGAAAGUAUUACGUUGAAUAGCGAUCUUUAUGCAACUAUUCGUCAAAGUGUGAUUAACAAACUCGGACCAGAACGAAUUGCUCGUUACAUUUCGAGAGUAUUUGAUGAUGGAUCGAUGAUAUUUUAA